AUGGCGUGGGGCAUCGAUCGCGGACGCGAGCCUUGUAGUAGUAGUAGUACCUUCGCAGUAGUGGUUUUCAAAUCUCAAUUGACUGAUGCGGUGUCGCACAAUUGGCUUCCUGACAGCCGUUGCAGUUUGGUCUCGGAGAAGAUAUCGGUAUGGUUCUGUCUUAAAAAGCAUGCGUACGGAUAUGGAGACACGGACACGGCGAUACGCAUAAGGUGCUCAACGGCUGAAUUAAUUGAUCCUCUAGACCCAUGCCAUUGCAACUUGCAAAAUACAUCAAAUGCUAGUAUUAGUCUAUUAGAGAGUAGAGACUGGAGAAAACAUGCAACAGAGGAUGCAGGUGAUCAUAGAGCUGAUGAGCAGCAGAAGCAAGCUGCCGCUCAAGGGAACCAGGAAGAGGCCCCAGCUACUAGUAUAGGUAGUCAGGCAAUGGUGGCAACACCUUCCACAGAUUAUGUCACACCCUAUGGCCACCAGGAAGCUUGCCAUGCAAUGGGUCAAAUUGCUUACCCAACUGUCGAUCCAUUCUAUGGAAGCCUUUAUGCGGCCUAUGGUGGACAACCUAUGAUGCACCCACCAAUGGUCGGAAUGCAUGCAGCCGCAAUACCAUUGCCUACUGAUGCAAUUGAAGAGCCUGUGUAUGUGAACGCAAAGCAAUAUAAUGCCAUAUUAAGGCGGCGCCAAUCUCGGGCUAAAGCAGAGUCAGAAAGGAAGCUUAUCAAGGGCCGCAAGCCAUAUCUCCACGAGUCGCGGCAUCAACAUGCCUUGAAAAGGGCCAGGGGAGCUGGAGGUCGGUUUCUUAACGCAAAGUCAGACGACAAUGAAGAGCAUUCUGAUUCCAGCUCCAAAGACAAGCAGAAUGGCGUUGCACCCCGCAGCAGUGGCCAAUCCUCCCAAUCUCCCAAAGGUGCAACUUCAGCCGAUAAGUCGGGAAACCAUGAAUGA